AGGCCAGUCAAGGCUCCUUCCGGCCCGGGGGCGGGUUCCGCGCGGUGGCGGGAAAGCGGCGGCCGCAGCGUUUUUGCAGGACGCCGGGGAGCCUCAGGCGCCGGAGAGGCUGGGGCUGACUGUUGGCUCCACCAUGGACGCGGCCGAGGUGGAGUUUCUGGCUGAAAAGGAGCUGGUCACCAUUAUCCCGAACUUCAGUCUGGACAAGAUCUACCUCAUCGGGGGCGACCUGGGGCCUUUCAACCCUGGCUUGCCAGUGCAGGUGCCUCUGUGGCUGGCCAUCAACCUGAAACAAAGACAGAAGUGCCGGCUGCUCGCUCCCGAGUGGAUGGACGUAGAGAAGUUGGAGAAGAUGAGGGACCAUGAACGGAAGGAAGACACUUUUACGCCUGCGCCCAACCCUCACUACACGGAACUCACGAAGCUCCUGCUAAACCAUGCCUCGGACAACAUCCCGAAAGCCGAUGAGAUCCGGACCCUGAUCAAGGACGUGUGGGACACUCGCGUAGCCAAGCUGCGCGUGUCUGCAGACAGCUUCGUGAGGCAGCAGGAGGCACACGCCAAGCUGGACAACCUGACGCUGAUGGAGGUCAACGCCGGCGGCGCCUUCCUCACGCGGGCGCUCAGCCACAUGUUCAAGCUCCGCACGAACCUGCAGCCCGCCGACAGCGCCCCCACUCAGGACCUGUAGGGACACCGGCGGGCGGGUUGAACGUGAGGAAAAGCGCCGUGCGGCCGGGAUGGCCUUCGAACGUUCUUGAAGAGCCGCAGGCUUGUGCUCCGUCCCCCGGCCCCUCUGUCAUUGCAUGUCUGUGUCUGGGAGCCGGCUGUCCUUCUAUGGGGCCAGAGGCGGCCUUGGCAGAGCCCCGGUCCCCUGCGCGGAGCCGUCCCGUGCGGGUGAGUGGUGACGUCCCGUGUUGCUUUGAAAGGACACACACAGUCAGAGUGGUGAUGCGGCCUCGGCCUUUGCUUUUCCUCUGACCCUGAUCCCCGGGCUCAACCGAGUCUCCUCCAGAGGGGCUGGACCCACAGCGGCUGAGCAGCUGCGUGGCUGGUGCCGGCGAUGCGUGUCGAUCUUUUAAGCCCUGCGGCACAAUAAAGGCGCGGUCAGCCCAAAGCUCUGUCGGGUUUUUCCUGCUUAGCUCCCCCGGGGGAGGAGCAGACGCACGGGGCAGACCUGGCAGACCAGGCCGAGUGGGCAGACCAGCACUCCGGCUGUCUCUGGUCUAAAGCGUUGCUGUUGAGCGCGAGCAAAGUCAGGGGAAAUAACCCGUGUCCCUGAGUGCGUGCGUGAGGCUGAAACCGGUGCCAGAGCAGGAGUGGGCCCAGGCCGGGCUCAGGGAGGACCCAGGUGAGGGGUCAGUUGACCCCAGGAGGAAAAUGGUCGUCUCGAGCGUUCUGGAACUGCCCAGUUCCUUACCGAGGUAUGUGACCGAGAGAGGAAGGGAGAGUCUCGUGGUGCAGUGAGCAGGUUCGGGGACCCGUGGUCAGAAGCGGUAGCAGGCCAUCUAGGGCUUUCCAAAGAGUGCCGUGCGUGACCAGCUGAGCCUGGAGACUCUCUGCUGCUAUUGGCCCUUCAGAGUUUGGAGUCCAGACCUGCGGUGAGUUGAGCAUGUGUCCACUGCAGACCGACCGCCGGAUCGAUGACGGGUGUAUGUGGACACGGCAGGGCCAGGCAGGGCGGAGCUGGGACCCAGGGGACCUGGUCUCCGCCACUGAAGAGGUGACAGGACUGGCCUUUUCUCGGAUGCAGAACCCUUCAGAUUUCAUGCGGGGAACCUGGUAGGCGGUGAGGGUUCAGGCGUUCUGCGCGUCUCGGGUGUCGCCCCCUGGCCCCUGCUCCUAAAGACCCAGCCGAGGUAUAGCCGAAUCUGUCUUCACCCUUUACCUGUAAAGUGGGUAAUUAUCGGGCUGUUACUUUUAUUUUGGGGCCUUACUGUAACAUAAAAAAGAUUUUCUCUCUCGA